AUGCCGAACGACACCGUGUUGUAUCCAAAACCCUCGGAAGCAACUGUUCUCUUUGUCCAAUAUCCGAAAGAGGUACGUGCGUGCGUGCGUGCGUGCGUGCGCGCGCCCGUCUUAGGUUUCGGUAACCCUCGCUUUCCUUGUGAUUUUCAUGCCCCAGGAACAAUCGAGCAAGCCCUUCUCUUCACGCAGCGUCAGGCGAUUCUCCUCUAUAGCUACAUUUCGAGGAUUUUUCCGGUUAGAGGAGUAACCCGUGCAGGAGUUCCAGCUCAUUUUCAAAGCCAGGUUAAUCCUGGUCGGUGGAAUAGCAGGCUGGCGAGUCCAGGGAGCACCGCCCUGCGGCAGCUCGCAGGGAGCGAAGGAGAUUCGCGGUCAGUGUCUGGGUGGGGAUUAGGAUCAGACGUCGACCUGGAAGACAGAGGUAAGCGUCACUCCGAGGAGAGCGACGAAGCACUCCGCGACAGGCAGGAACUUGAGACUUGGACCAGAGAAGCUGCCCGAGAUAAUCUUGGAAAUUGGCACGGCAACGAAAAAGACCAACUAGACAAUUGGAGUCAUCAUUCGGCAGAGCGGAAAAAUCCUAGGGGGUUGGAGACACAGAAUCUAGAUAGUAAUGGUGGGGAACCAGGUGCAUCAGACUCGACGGCCGGAAGUGCCGAUAGAGAUUCCGCCGGGGCGUUGGAUAACGUUGCCAGGACGUCCUCUCCUGCUGGAAGGGCCCGGAGCGCAGCGGGUACUACUUCUCACGAUUACUCAAGUCGUCGAAACGCGGCUGGUGGUGGAUACAGUUCCUCAAUGAGCACUGGAGCACCCUGCGGCGCGUGCAAAUUUCUUCGCCGAAAGUGUGUUCGUGGUUGUAUAUUUGCUCCCUAUUUUGGCGCCGAGCAAGGGGCGGCGAAGUUUGCAGCCGUACACAAGGUGUUUGGCGCCAGUAAUGUGGCUAAGCUGUUGUUGCACAUUCCAACACCUCGCCGCUGCGAUGCAGUGCUUACCAUCAGCUACGAAGCGCAGGCGAGACUGUCUGAUCCUGUGUACGGGUGCGUCGCCACAAUUUUCUCUCUCCAGCAACAGGUGGCAAGUUUGCAGGCAGAGCUAGCAAUGGUGCAAGCUCAACUAGCGGACCGGCACGCGCAUCUCCAACAAACACACCACCAACAACGGAUGGUGUUCAACCAACCACCGCCUGAGUACAUGCAGCAACAUCAGCAUCUCGGGGUUCAGACGCACCUCUCGCCGACUUCGGGCUUGUCCAUGGGCAUGUCCGGGGGAACCGGUGCAGUAGGCCCUUAUAGUUCACGUGUGAAAGAAGAGGGAAGCUACCAGCUUCACGGCAUGCAACACGCAGCUCAUCACUACGACAUUGGAAUGGCCUCAAACAGCUUGGAGCCCAUGUCCACAGAGCAGAGUCUUCUGGAGUCCAUGCAGAAAUCUAGAAGCGGAGGACUGGGGGGCCAACCAGAUGAGGGCGAAUUGCAAGCUCUCGCUUCUCUUAUUCGAAGGAAAUAAGGGCAAUGAUGAUUUCUUUAAAGCUCAAUGGAAGGACUCGAUCGACCCGUUUGAAAGUUUAGAUCGUUAAGUGGGAUGCACUAUAGGAAAGAGACAGCUUGUUCGCAAGAAGGGCUGUUCUGAUACUGGGAGCUGUUACCACCACUUAGGACGGAUGUAUGGCAAACGUCGGAAUACAGUUACUUGCUGGAAGAAUCAGAACUACUGAUCGAGUAAGCAAGCAGGGAGGUGCAUUGUGCUCAUCUAAAUCUGUCUGCGAUGGAUAAAUUGUAAGUGACGAUGUUACUCAUCGGAUGGUAGUCAGGUGGCUGAUCAUGCACUUGAUUAUCAACAACGGGCUCGGCAGAUCAGCCUUCUUUUAAUAUGCAGCUAUGGAACUCGACGGCGGCAUAAGCAAACUCUAUAGGAUUUCUAGACGGUAAAAUAACCCUUUCCGUAGUGGGAAUUUGCUGAAUGAGAUCGUGCUCGAAAAGAAAAUAAAACGGUAGAACGUUGGCGGUAAUGAGGAAGAACGUCGGUGAAGGUGGCAGUCAAGCUUGAAUGCUUUAAGCUGUGUUUUGUUUCACAUUGGAACAAAAGUCUGCAAUAAGAACACCCGAAGUGCAUGCAGUUCAUUUUUUGGUUAUUCGAGGAUUGCCACAAGACGUAGGAAUUAUUACACUUAGUUUGAGGCAGGCAUGCAAAUAGGCGAGAUCAGGAUUUGGUGUGUUACGUAGACGUUCCUUACUCCAUACAAUACCAGUUGAAGACUGACAAAUAGUUUUUUAGGAUCGUAAGAAUUGACUUGCUAAGUAUGUUUCUUUGUCUUUCGAGAGUGAUCUGCAUUUGAGGGGUUGGCUAGCUCUAGGCAAGGGUUUUAGCUUACUGCCCUCGUAGCCUCCCUUGGACACAACUCCAUGCAUCAAGUGAGUAAGUGCUCUUUAUUUCUCUUCAUCAGUCUUUCUUACAUGGUUUGUGGUAAGUUGAUGACUGAUACCAGCUAGAAAAUUCUUGAAAGAUUAUUUCUAUUUGCACCCAAUUAAGCUUGGACACUUGAAGUUGUCAUUUUUUCAGUACACUUUUAUUGUAUUGUAAAUGCUUCAAGUGGCCUAAUUUAUUGCAUCAAAUGCGACGAACUUUCUCACUGAAAUGAAGCAUUUUUUGUUCGUACUCAA